AUGCCUGACGCUCCCACUCUCAACCCGACCAAGAAACUCAUCCUCGUCAUCGGGGCGACUGGCGCCCAAGGAACUCAUGUCAUUCGCAAACUUCUGGAGCCUUCCUCCUCCGGCGUACCUUCUCCCUACGUCGUACGCGCCCUGACGCGCGAUUGCACCCACCGCCGAGCCCGCGAUCUGGAGGCUGAAGGCGUCGAGCUUGUUGAAGGCUCCGUCGAAAAUCUAUCUGUCAUCGCCCGCGCCCUCAAAGGCUGCUACGGCGCCUUCGUCAACCUCGACACCUACGCCCUCGGCGCAGAGGGCGAGAUCCACACCGCGAUCCGCAUUUACGAGGAAACCUGCCGCACGCCUGGCUUCCAGCACCUCAUCUGGAGUGGUUUGGAUUACGGGAGCAAGCUCGGAAGCUUCGACCCCAUGUAUGCUUGCGAGCAACAGGAUGCGAAGGGGAUCGUGACCGACAUUCUGCGUGGGCAACCCGCGAAUAAUCCGGCGUGGACCGCAUUGACUUCCGGUGUGUACAUGGAGAUGUUGAACACGCCCGUCUGCGGCCCCCUCCAUCGCACGUCGGAUGGCACAACGGUCUUCGCUCUCCCGCUCGGCAACGGCACCAUGCCCAUGAUUGCCCUCGCCGACCUCGCCUGGUGGGCCCGCUAUUCGCUGGACCACCCUACGCUUUCGGCCGGGAAAGAGUUCUGCAUUGCCAGCGAUAUGGUCUCCGGAGAUCGUGUGGCACGCGCAUUCGCCGAUACUUCAGGCCUGCCGGCAAUGUAUCUGCCUUUCAGCCUGGACGAGUGGUUCGAGUGCAUGGAGAGGACAGACGCCCCGCUUGUCCACGGGGCGCCUCUGGUACACGGAACGCCCGACGGGAUGAAUGAUACGACGAUCCGCGGAUGCUUCACGGGUUUCUGGCAUUUGUGGCACGACGAUGUGGUGCAGAAGGACAUGGAAUGGAUUCGAGGGGUGCAUCCGGGGACGCUGUCGCUCGAGAAGUGGAUGACAAUAACCGGGUACACGGCAGCUCCCAAGAAGGAUGUGCUGAAGAACGUGGAGGAUGGCAAGGGCAGAAUUCGGGUCAAUCGCGAGCGUGCGAGGGAGGUGAUAGAAGCGCACAUCUAUGGGACAAGGGAUUCGAGCCGAAUGUGA